ACAAAACCACCGCCAAGCUUUCUGGCCAGAAGCAGGCAGCAGCACCGUAAGGGACAAAAACCAGAGCAGAGGCCAGAGGGAGGAUUCACUGUCCUGAUGAAGAAUUAAGAGAGCACAGAGAAAUCACGCAGCCACUCGUCGAACUGGAGCCAAGAUCUUGCUGCUGGUCGUGGUGGCGGCGAGAGAUCGAAGGUCGGCCCGGUGGUCUCUUGGCAUCGUCUGGUCUGAUCCAUGGUGGCCUUCGCGGCGCACACGAGCGCCGCCACCUCGCACUGCUCGCCGGCGGGCACGGCCAUCCUGCUCCGAAGCGGGAGGCGGGACUUCCCCACCCGCGUGUCGUGCUCGGCGGCGGCGCACAAUAAGACGGUGGUGAUCGGGGUGGCGGCCGACUCCGGGUGCGGGAAGAGCACGUUCGUGCGGCGGCUGACGAGCGUGCUCGGCGGCGUUGCGGAGCCGCCGAGGGGCGGGAACCCGAACCCGGACUCCAACACGCUCGUCGGCGACACCGCCACGGUGCUCUGCCUGGACGACUACCACUCGCUGGACCGCGCGGCGCGGAAGGCGCGGGGCUUGACGGCGCUGGACCCGCGGGCCAACGACUUCGACCUCAUGUACGAGCAGGUGAGGGCCCUCAAGGACGGCCGCGCCGUCGACAAGCCAGUCUACAACCACGUCACCGGCCUCCUCGACCCGCCCGAGCGUGUCGCGCCGCCCAGGAUCCUCCUCAUCCAGGGGCUGCACCCGAUGUGCGAUGAGCGCGUCAGAGAUCUGCUGGACUUCAGCAUCUACCUGGACAUCAGCGACGAAGUCAAGUUUGCAUGGAAAAUUCAGAGAGACAUAGCAGAGCGUGGGCACAGCCUAGAGAGCAUCAAGGCCAGCAUCGAGGCCAGGAAGCCCGACUUCGACGCCUACAUUGACCCGCAGAAGCAGUACGCGGACGCCGUGAUCGAGGUCCUGCCGACGCAGCUGAUCCCGGGCGACGACGACGGCAAGGUGCCGCGUGUGAGGCUGAUCAUGAAGGAAGGCGUGAAGCACUUCGCCCCGGUGUACCUCUUCGACGAAGGGUCCACCGUCAGCUGGAUCCCCUGCGGCCGGAAGCUCUCAUGCUCCUACCCCGGCAUCAAGUUCGCCUACGGCUUCGGCACCUACUUCGGCCACGAGGUGUCGGUGCUGGAGAUGGACGGGCGGUUCGACAAGCUGGACGAGCUCAUCUACGUGGAGAGCCACCUCAGCAACCUGUCCACCAAGUACUACGGGGAGGUGGCGCAGCAGAUGCUCACGCACGCCGACUUGCCGGGCAGCAACAACGGCACGGGGCUCUUCCAGACCAUCGUUGGGCUCAAGAUCAGGGAACUCUGCGAGCAGAUCGUCGCCGAGAGGGCCGCCAUGACGGCCGACGCAGUCAAGGUCUGAUGUCUGAUGAAGCCGGUGUUGAUCGGAGGAGGGCGACCACACAUUCUGGUUGCUGUUCUUGUAACCGUAGUGCCGGAUAGAUUAUCAUGCUGCAUUGCAGUUCGAUUAUUAUGUUUGUAAUUGUAUAGGGAUCUUGCAGGGACAGUUCAGCGAGCAGUAAGUUGCAUGUCCACGAGAUGUUGGCGCCCUUCAUUGUAGGAAGAAUUCUGAAUUUUAUUGGUGUACAUUGUACUCCUACUCUUAAGGUCGUCUGGACGCACGAUCGCUGUUGGCAUAGUUAACCGGAUAAUUUGCCAAGAGCAGAACUAGAAGCCUGAUGCAAAAUGAUCCUUUCAGAAGCCUGGAGCUGGCAAAUUGAUUGUAUCAAUGGCAAUCUGCAAUUUCCUUA